AUCGUGUGCAUCCGGCGUCGUCGUCCUCCUCAUCCAGUGUAGUAGUAUACUAGUAUGAGUAGGCUUGGUAGGUCGCCCGGCCCGGCGGCGCCGACUCGAUUUCCUCCCCUCGCGUCUCGUUUGAUUCAGAAAGAAAUUGUAAGCGAGCGCAGCAUUGGGUUCAAAUAAUCAGAGAAUCGAGAGGAGAAAGACAUUAGAUCAGUAGAGGAAGCGGGAGAGAAGGCAAGUCUGAGGUGCCCCCGACCCGAUGCCUCCGAUUUCUCGACUAGAUCCGAGAUAUCAUCGCGCCAGGGGACUACAUGAGCUGAAUCGGUUAAUGUCCCUAAGGCGGGAGCAGCGCCGUCUCCAAAUCGAAACCUAUCAAUUUCUUGCUCAAUGUGCUAAAAGAAAGGAAUCUCCCUGCCAACAAGAUAAUUCUCAAUGUGUGAAGAGAAUGAGAUAUUCAGGUCCGGACCUUCCAGAGGACAUAUGGCACCAUAUACAUUCCUUGUUGCCACUGCAAGAUGCUGCCCGUGCUGCUUGCGUGUCUCAGGCUUUUCUACGUUUCUGGAGCGGCUUAGCUUCCUGGGGGUAUUUGGAUGUUUCGGGCUACAAAUGCUAGAAAGCAAAGCUCCAAAUCUAUGCAGUUUUCACUUUGAAGGUAAACAAGCGCAAUUCUCACUAGAGGAACCUGUGCGAUUGAAGAAUCUGGAAGUGGUUUUCCCCAACAGUGUCUGUUAUGCUCGUGUUGAGCUUCCGUUUAGUAUGCCAGAUAUUGAAACUCUUAAUGUCAUUUUGUCUUGUGAGAUGGUGGAUACACCAACUGGCCCUGGCAAAUUCCUCCACCUUAGAUACUUGAGGAUUACUUUUGCAACAUGGAGAUUUUCCUGGGCUUAUGAUUAUUUUUCUCUUGCAUCUUUUCUUGAUGCUUCUCCUUCCUUGGAGACUUUCAUCCUAUGUAUUUCACAGAAAGAGAAGCAUGACUUGACAUUUAAGGAUCCCAUAUGUCUAAGGCAAAUCCCCGAACACCGGCACGACAAGCUUAAGAAUGUGAAGAUCACUGGUUUCAGUGCCACAAGAAGCUUGGCUGAGCUAAUAUGUCAUAUUAUGGAAAAUACAACGUCCCUUGAGUGCCUUACAUUGGACACUCUUUGCACUCAACUUCGGUGUUCUGACGGCAACAUCGAUGUCUGCCUCCCAUUGGAUCAGGAUGUUAUCAAGGGAGUGCAUAAUUCGCUCUUGGCUAUCCGAACAUACAUCGAGGGGAAAAUUCCCUCUACAGUCAAGUUCAAUGUCCGGGAGCCUUGCAGCCGUUGCCAUGGUUGGUAACUUGGAUGUCGGAUCAUUAUUACCCAGUAUUUAAUUUUGUAACUUAAGGUGUGUUGUCCUUUAUGUUUUAAGUUAUUUGUUGUGUCCAUUGUUUAGGUAUGUGCCUUGGUUAAUUUAUUAAUAACAGACUUGUGUAACUUGAGAUGUGUCGUGCUUUACGUUUUGAGUUAUUAGUGGUGUGGUGUCCAUUAUUUAGGUCUGUGCCUCCAUUAAUUUAUUUGGAGUUAUUAAUAACAGACUUGUGUAACUUGAGGUGUGUCGUGCUUUUAUCCAA